AUGGACCCCAGUGUGGCCUCUCCACACGGCUCCACAUCACAGGAGAAAGACACAGAGUGGUUUUCUUCUGAAGAAGACAGCAGUCUCUACUUCACAUACAGCGGAGGGUGCAACGAGCUGGAGGUCAACAACCUACAAUAUGAGGUGGACACAGCUGCACAGAUCCCUUGGUAUGAAAGGCUGUCAGAGUUUAAAUUGCCUUGGGAGAUCAAAGGAAACAAACAGAUUGCCAUCAAUAAACUCAACCUUCGAGUGCGCAGUGGACAAAUGCUGGCUAUCAUCGGCAGCUCAGGUUGUGGUAAGACCUCUCUGUUAGACAUAUUAACCUGUCGCGAUGAGGGAGGAGUCAUGACUUCAGGCCACGUUCUCAUCAACGGCAAACCCAACACGCCCCGGGUCGUGAGGAAGACCAUCGCUCACGUUCGCCAAGACGACCGGCUCCUGCCACAUCUCACCGUGAGAGAGACUUUGGUCUUUGUGGCCAAACUGAGGCUGCCAACCUACUUCAGCAAGGCCCAGAGGGACAAGAGGGUCGAUGAUGUCAUUGCGGAGCUGAGGCUUCGCCAGUGCGCCAACACCAGAGUGGGCAACGACUAUGUGAGGGGCGUCUCAGGGGGAGAGAGGAGGAGAGUGAGCAUCGCUGUGCAGCUCCUGUGGAAUCCAGGCAUUCUGAUCCUGGACGAGCCCACUUCAGGGUUGGACAGCUUCACGGCUCACAACCUGGUGAUCACUCUGUCGCGGCUGGCCCGAGGAAACCGCCUGGUCCUGCUGUCCGUGCACCAGCCUCGCUCCGACAUCUUCCAGCUCUUUGACCUGGUGGUGCUGCUGUCCUCUGGCUCUGCGGCCUACUGUGGCGCGGCACGGGACAUGGUGGCCUACUUCACAUCCCUGGGAUACCCCUGCCCUCGCUACUGCAACCCCUCCGACUUUUACGUGGAUCUCAUCAGCAUAGACAGACGCAGCACGGAGCUUGAGGCUGAGUGUUUGCAGAGGGCCCGGGUUUUAUCAGAACAUUUCAAAGAGAAGGUGAAAGACACAGACGACCACAUGUGGAAACCCGACAGAGCCAACCAAUCCUCCCAAGGAAACGACCUCACAGAGCUUAGUAUUGUCGAAGGAGAGGAGUCGAUCACAAUUACAAAUCAAGGAAGUGAAGUACCAGGCAGAUUGCAUCAGUUCACUGUACUCAUCAGGCGUCACAUGUUCAACGACUACAGAGACCUGGUCACGAUCCUGGUCCAUGGCUUUGAGGCCCUUCUGAUGUCUCUGCUCGUCGGGUUCCUUUACUACGGGGCUGGACCUGAGCCUCUGUCCAUUCAAGACACAGUGGCACUUCUCUACAUGAUCGGAGCCCUCACACCUUUCGCUGUGGUGCUGGACGUCAUAGCCAAAUGUCACACAGAAAGAGCAAUGCUCUACCAUGAGCUGGAGGAUGGCAUGUAUGCAGUCUCAUCCUACUUCUUUGCUAAGGUCUUGGGAGAGUUGCCCGAACAUUGUGUCUUCACCCUGGUUUAUGGUUUGCCCAUUUAUUGGCUUGCUGGUCUGAACACUGAUCCAUUUCGCUUUCUGUUGAACUUCCUGCUGGUGUGGCUCAUGGUUUACUGCAGCCGGGCCAUGGCUCUGUUUGUGGCUGCAGCUCUGCCCACGCUGCAGACCUCCGCUUUCAUGGGAAACUCACUGUUCACCAUCUUCUACCUGACAGGGGGCUUUGUCAUCAGCAUGCAAAAUAUGUGGCUUGUGGCCUCAUGGCUCUCGUACGCCUCCUUCAUGCGCUGGGGCUUUGAGGGAAUGCUGCAGGUGCAGUUCAAAGGGGUCAUGUAUGAAGUCACUGUGGGGAAUUUCACCAUUCCAGUCGACGGCAUAAAAAUGGUGGAGAUAAUGGGCAUGAACAGCUACCCGCUGUACUCCUGUUUCCUGGUGCUGCUGGCCGUCUGUCUGGGAUUCAUGGUUCUCUACUUCAUCUGCCUAAAAUAUAUCAAGCAGAAGUCCAGCCAGGACUGGUGA